GGAGCUUCUCCAAAUGAACGCCAGAAAGCUGUGAUAGAUGCCUUCUCUCAUGCGUGGAAAGGAUACAGGGCGUUUGCUUGGGGCCACGAUGAGCUCAGGCCCGUGUCCAGAUCAUUCAUUGAGGUAUUUGGUUUUGAUGGUCUUGGCGUGACUCUGAUUGAUGCCCUGGACACCAUGUGGAUUAUGGGGCUGCAAAAAGAAUUUGAAGAAGCCACAACAUGGGUAUUAGAGAAAUUACAUUUUCAGAAAGAUAUACAGGUAAAUCUUUUUGAGAGCACUAUCCGUAUUUUGGGUGGACUUUUGAGUGCUUACAAUUUAUCUGGAGAUAGCCUCUUUUUGGAAAAAGCUAAAGAUCUUGGAAAUCGGCUAAUGCCGGCACUUAGAACUCCCUCCAAGAUCCCACAUUCUGAUGUAAACAUUGGCACGGGUGCAGCCAACUCACUUAACAAAUGCAGUCCAGUGGCACAAGUGACAAGCAUUCAGUUGGAGUUCAGAGAGCUCUCUCGUAUCACUGGAAAUGAAACAUUUCAGGAGGCAGUGCAGGAAAUAAUGAAGCAUAUCCAUUCCUUGCCUGGGAAGAAUGAUGGACUAGUGCCCAUAUACAUCAACGCCAUCAGUGGCUUCUUCAGUUCACUGAAUAUCUUCACUCUUGGAGCUCAUGCUGACAGCUACUAUGAGUAUCUGCUAAAGCAGUGGAUCCAAGGAGGAAAGAAAGAAAGUCAGUUGCUAGAAGACUACAUGGAAGCCAUCAAAGGAAUACAAAGGCACCUGCUUCAGCAGACUAGGGCCAGAAAUCUGACUUUCGUGGGGCAACUUGUCUCUGACCACUUCGUAGCCAAGAUGGAUCAUUUUGUGUGUUUUCUGCCUGGGACUCUGGCUCUGGGUGUACACCAUGGACUGCCCAGUGACCAUAUGGAGCUAGCAAAAGCUCUUAUGAAGACCUGUUAUGAGAUGUAUCAUCAGUUUAAGUCUGGGCUGAGCCCAGAGGCUGUGUACUUCAACAUUAAUGCCAGAAUUACCCAUAAAGAUAUGAGGGUCUUUUCUCAAGACAAUUUCAAUAUGCUACGACCAGAGACUGUGGAGAGCUUGUUCUAUCUGUACCGGUUCACUGGAGACAAGAAAUACCAGGAUUGGGGCUGGGAGAUCCUGCAGAGCUUCAACAAGUAUACACGCAUCCCUUCAGGUGGCUAUUCUUCUAUCUAUAAUGUUCAGAAACCAGUUGUACGUGACCGUAUGCAAAGUUUCUUUCUGGGAGAAACUCUGAAGUACAUGUAUCUUCUUUUUUCUGAAGACAUGGACUUGUUGAACCUUGACAAAUACGUGUUUAAUACAGAGGCUCAUCCCCUGCCCAUCUGGACUUCAGCCUAA